AUGGCAAUGACCUCGAUUCACAAAUUGUUGAAUAUAGUGUUUCCUCUUAUGAUAAUCAUUUCAAUCCUAGUAAUCUUACCGCCAUACCUUGUGUUCAAGUUGCUAAGUUACAUAAAAAGAUCUAUGUUCACUGAAAAUGUGGCUGGAAAAGUUGUGCUCAUCACUGGAGCAUCUUCUGGCAUUGGUGAGGGUCUUGCAUACGAGUAUGCUAGACGAGGAGCUGGAUUAGCCCUUGUUGCGAGAAGAGAAGACUUCCUGAGGAAAAGCAGAGGGAAGAUUGUUGCGAUUACAUCAGUGGCAGCUUGGGUACCAACUCCAAGGGCAACCUUCUACAAUGCAAGCAAGGCAGCCUUGGUAAGCUUUUAUGAGACACUCAGAGUUGAAUGCGAUUCCCAUAUUGGUAUAACAAUAGUGCUUCCAGGAUUGAUCGAGUCAGAAAUGACUGUGCCUGAUUCACUGUCAAAGUUUCAAGCCAAGUUUCUCCCACCGAUUGAAUCAACAAGACAAUGUGCCGAAGCAAUUGUGCAUAGCGCUUGCCGUGGUGACAUGUACUUGACAGAGCCAUCUUGGUCGAGUUCUCUUUUCAUGCUCAAGCUGCUAUGUCCUGAAUUAUUUGACUGGUUUUAUCGUUGGAAUUUUAUGAGUGGAUCUAAGAUUGAUCAGCUGUAA